CCCUCUGACGUCAGAGGAAGAGUGAGUUAUAAACGCGUUUAAAUGGCUGAGCCCGUGCGCCCCUCGAACCUCCACUCUGUGCGGGAACAAAGACCGAGCACGGUGCGGGGACCGGGACAGAGAGGUGACCGCCUGUCAGCGAGCUGUUGCUGUCCGUCCACAGGCGCCCAAACGUCGUGAAUGGGAACGGAGAAGAGGAAUUUGCUCCCACUGCACGUGUUUUCUCCACGCUAGACAAAACCGGUGCGUGGAGCUAAAAAAAAAAAAAAAAAAAAAAAAAAAAAAAGUUCACGGCUCUCUCUCUCUGCAACAUCUGGCGCGUGCCUGAAGGCGAGAGGAGCUCGAGGCUUCAUCAACUCUUCAGUCCGACGACGUCCAAGUUCACGGCGCGAGGUUGCUAUGGUGAACAACAGGGUGGAGGCACCCACAGUGGCAGUGAUGGGCGGCGGCGGGGGUGCAGUCGGCAGGUCGUGCGCAGGAUGCGGAGGUCGAAUUGCAGACCGCUUCCUGCUCUUCUCCAUGGAGCGAUACUGGCACACGCGAUGCCUCAAGUGCUCCUGCUGCCACGCUCAGCUAGGCGAGUACAGCAGCACCUGCUACAGCAAAGGAGGCAUGAUCCUCUGCAAGAACGACUACAUCAGGCUGUUUGGACACAGUGGAGCCUGCAGUGCAUGUGGACAGUCUAUACCCGCUAGUGAGAUGGUGAUGCGAGCACAAGGCAACGUAUACCACCUUAAGUGUUUCACCUGUGCAACCUGCAGGAACCGCCUGGUCCCUGGUGACCGCUUUCACUACAUCAAUGGGACUAUUUUCUGUGAACAUGACCGGCCGGGAGCAGGUCUGCUCAGUGGACAUCCAACACCACUGCAGGCCAACAGCAUGAUGUCUGACCAGAAGGUCUGCUGAGGAAGAAGAUGGACAACCAAAUGAGUGCCUUCACCCCCGCCUUUCUCCUCUGUCUCUUCUUCACUCUCCUCCUCUGCCUGUAAAUCCUGCCAUUGGUUGACGCCCUCCAUUUUGAUGGACUGUGACUCCACAGACUGGAUGUAGUCAGUAUUUCUACAGGUCCUGUGGAGUGUUGAGGAUGCUGAGGAUUUAUUUAUGCAGUAGACUGUUGUCUAUUGUGAACUAUGGAAAUAUUACUGAUAAGAACUAGCACGGCUAACGGGGGGGAAAUUGAAGACUGUCUGGAUUCAUCCCAUUUUUUUGAUUCCAGUGGACUCAUCUGUUACCUUUACCCAGCUAGCCAGUUACAUGGGCAUUGAAUAAGGCGUGGGGGGCAAUGACAGCAAUGUGAUUCAUUCAGGAGGGGAAAUGUAGUUCUUAAAUUGUAACUACAUGUCGUUUGACGAUGUUUUGGUUUGAGGAAAAAACAUGGAUCUUCUGAGUCAUCUGGACGUUUCCUUCCACACUCCAAGAGACAGCUGAACAAGAACGCAUCUAUAUUGAUACUUAAACUAUUUCUCUGUGUGGUUCUCUAUGAAAUAUUCAACCAACAUGUUAGUCUCUGGAUUGUUUUUACCAGUGUAUUGGGGGAAGUGAAGGUCGUCUUUCAGUGGUAGCAUUCCUACCAUAGACAAAAGUAGUUUGAAAUCUCAGGCAGCAUUGAGGUUAUUCUGGGUUUUUAUAUCUGUUUCACAAAUUGCUAACACCAUAAAUUCUCAAAUGGCAGCUGGGGCCUUUAUUAUUAGACAAGCCCUUAUUUCUAAUUUCCCCAGUUAAUACUCAACACGUCCUCCAUCUUUACACUUUGUCUUGAUAAAUUCAGUAUUGUAUCCAUACUGCACACAUUGCAUUAGUACAGCAAACACAAACACAGCUGUUAAGUUGCAGUACCAUGCACAUAGUUAAACGCUCUCUCGACUUUUCACAUUAAAAUUCUUGUAUCAUUCCCUAUACAGGCAGGCAGAACCGCUCGGAUGACGUUCACUGACUUUGCAUUUAGCGCCAUCAGGUCAUAAUUCAAAUGUAUCCUGUACCUUCUAAAUGAAUGGUAUUCCCAUCAGUCCCAGCUCUACUUUGUGUUUA